AAAGUGUUUCAUGCAAGUAGCUCCACAUUUUUAUGAGCAUUAACAAAUUCUCGAGCUGAUUCUGACAUUGAUGCGUUGCAGCUGUCUUCUGUCUUUCUCUCCCUGAGACUGAGGCACAUGGAGGUCGUCACCUCCACUGGGACCUGUGUGCCAGGCUCUGUGACCACCUGCACAUCUGUCCGCCUCCGGGGGCAGCGUGGCCUUCUUCAGCGAAGUGUUGGAAGGAAUUUCUGAAGUUUCAUUGUGGUUAGCUGUGUUCCUUUAGGAUUAGGCUCAGAGUUCAAAAUGAUAAGGAGGUGUGGGAGAAAUUACUCAGCCCCGUGAAGACCAGGCUUUAUUCCCCUGAGGGACCCACUGCCUGGCAGAGAGCCCACGACAGCAUAGAUGCGGAAUGAGUUAAUGAAGGAUUGAAUAAGAUAUAUGUUGGGUAAAGGCGGAAAACGGAAGUUUGAUGAGCAUGAAGAUGGGCUGGAAGGCAAAAUCCUGUCUCCCUCCGACGGUCCGUCCAAGGUGUCUUACACCUUACAGCGCCAGACUAUCUUCAACAUUUCCAUUAUGAAGCUCUACAACCACCGGUCCCUCACCGAGCCCCGCCUGCAGAAGACCGUCUUAAUCAACAACAUGCUGCGGCGCAUCCAGGAGGAGCUCAAGCAGGAAGGCAGCCUGCGGCCCGCCUUCACCCCGUCCGCCCAGCCCGGCGCCUCCUCGCUGAGCGGCGGCUACCGGGAGGCCCCGCCCGCCUUCAGCGCCCCCGCGCCCCCGCCCGCGCACCCCGGGGACCUGGCCAGCACUACACCCCUGGAGGCCUGCCUCACCCCGGCCUCGCUGCUCGAGGACGACGACGACGACACUUUUUGCACUUCCCCGGCCGCCCCGCCGCCCGCGGCCCCCACCAGACUCCCCUCCCCGGCCCUCCCGCCCGAGAAGGACAGCUUCUCCUCCGCCUUGGACGAGAUCGAGGAGCUCUGUCCCACAUCUACCUCCGCCGCCGGGGCCGCCACUGACGGCUCCAAAGGGGGCGCCAGCGAGCCCAGCGCCCCGAAACCCGAGGGGCUCCCCGACGGCCGCCCCGACGACCCCAAACUGAUGGACUCUCUGCCGGGGAAUUUCGAGGUCACCACGUCCACGGGGUUUCUGACGGACCUGACCCUGGACGACAUCCUGUUCGCCGACAUUGACACGUCCAUGUAUGAUUUCGACCCCUGCACCUCCGCCUCGGGCACAGCCUCGAAGAUGGCCCCCGUGUCGGCGGACGACCUCCUCAAGACCCUCGCCCCCUACAGCAGCCAGCCCGUCGCCCCGAGUCAGCCUUUCAAAAUGGACCUCACGGAGCUGGACCACAUCAUGGAGGCUAAUUAUCAACUCAGGAGAGCAGUGGGAAACAGAUCAAAUUGCUCUUGUUCUCCUACAAGCAACCUCCACCAGGACACCUUGUACUGCUGCAGAUGUGUCAUUUCCUGUGAUGGGACCAGGGACCAUAUAUAGGUGAGGGGAGGGUUGUUGUAAAUGCUUCCAGUGUUGCUGUGCCUGUCCGUUUUAAGAGCUUCCUUUUUCUGUGGAGAACAAGCCAGCCCAGAUGCCACGCUUUCGAUAACUGGAGGACCUGGUAAACUCACCACAUGCUGCACACUUAUACAUACGUAUACAUACACAAUAGUGUUGAUUAUUCCGAACAAUAACAGGGUAAGGCGGUUGAUUUGCCAUUGUUAAAAGCUGAUUUACAGUAACUUAGAACAACUGUACUUGGUUGGAUUAGCAAAUCGUGUGUUUAAACAAAUCCCAUAUGUUGGGCAACAGUUCAAAUAAGCACAGCGAAGUGUUGCCCAAACGUGGUCUCGGACUCUAGUAUUUGUAAGGCUGGUCUUGAAAAUCAAAACAAACAAAAAAAAAACCACCCCAACAUCAGGCAAAUGCUUGUCAGCUCUGGACACCCUUGCCAUAAACGCUCGAUACUCACGGUCUUCUGAGGAAGACCUGGGAAAUGAGUGGCGCGGUUUAAAAAGAACAAAACCAUCAAGUGUUCCCAAAGCGAUGUCCCAGCAGGGAAGACUGUGAGCCGUGUGCGAUCUGCACGUCCCGGUCUGAGUGCGGACUGGGGCGUGCCUCCCCCGUGCAGAGGACAUCGCGUGGCAUUCAGAGUCAGGCAGGCAGUUCGAGGUGCCUUCAUGAGAAAGACAUGCUGGGUGUGACUGGGAGAGGACACCCAUGGACAGUGAUGUGCAAUGAAGUGACAAGAUGAGAGCAGAAUAUUAAGAGCUUUGAAUUUGAAGUGAUUUUUUUUUUCCAUAAGUUAUUUAUUCCUUUUUUUUUCUGUGUAAAUAUAUUUAUUUUACUGUGGAGCUCUAACAACAUCUGGAUCGUAACAUGUGCAGAAUGUAUGGUAGGAAUGUAUUCUCUGGUAGGAAUGUCAAUCUGUAUUAACAGGGGGUCCAAGCCAGACCCCCGGGUCGUCUCAUCAUAUGCCCAGUCCACAUUCAUUUGUACUCUCUUCUCCAAUGUGGGUCUAUUUGAAAUAUGCAAAAGGUAUGGGUGAGGGAUGUUUCAAUACCUCCAAAUUUUUAAAGAAAAUCAAGCAUCAAAGGGUUGAUCUUUUUAAAUGUUUUUUAGUAGCACUUUCUCUCUCCAACAGAAGGGGCAACCACACCGACACCCUUGUUCACACCACAAGGUGAGAACUAGCCAGAGCCUCCUCUACACCUCGAGUGUCUUUAUCAAUUGAGCUUUUUAUUGCCAUAGCCCCUUGGCGCGUCCCAACUGCCCUGAGGUCAAUCAAGGAAAAUUUCUUACAUAAAUAAGCUCCAAAGAGCCAAAGUAUCAACUUACGGAUCGUUUUUAAAGCUUAAAUUUAUUAACCACCUUUGUGGUAAACAAUGAAUUAUGAAUACCGCUGGGCAGCCUUCUUAAAUGACAGAUGUUGAAAAAAAAAAAAAAAGACUCUACCUAGUGUAGCGAUUGAUAUUUUCCAUGAAUUGUCUUAAUUUAAAAACCUUGCUGUUACAAAUUGGGCCUUCCUACAUUUUAUGAAAAUACCGAAAAGAGCAUAUUGGACCUAUUCUGGCUGUAAAUGGUUAACUUCCUGUAAUUGCCGGCGAACGGCGAGGUGUAUGUUCCUGCUUGUGUACCAUUGUCUUCAGUGCUUCUAAGAAUGAGUCUAAAUGUUUCUUGAAAAUUAGCCAGGAUCAAAUGCUAUUGCAGACAAAGCCAAUAAAAAUCUUGGACAUCUUUUUGGGGAUAAUAAGUUUGGAAGAGAAGUGCAGUCCAUACAAGCAAACAACCAAGAUUUUGGAACCGAUGUACAUAGUGACAUUUGGUGCAUAGUUUUUAAGGAGGAUUUUGUCUAAAGAGGAAGUGUAACCUUUCCCCCACAGACCUGAGAGCUGUGCCUUUUCUAUGCAAUAUUACAUUGGAACCCCGAUGGCUGUAUUCACAUGUAGGUUUGGGCUGUAAUCGAAACAACUGGACAGAUGAAAUGUACAUGGAAAUGAGCAGUCUUACUUUUGUAGUUUUAUAUUAUACAAUAAACAGUUAAAAGGUGA